UUUGCAGCAAAUGACGCAGCCCAUCCGACUUUACACCAAGGCCGUCGUCUCUGGCUUCAAGCGCAGCCAGCGCAACCAGGACCCCAACUCGUCGCUCCUCCGUCUUGAGGGCGUCUCCACCCGUGCUGACGCUACCCACUACCUUGGCAAGCGUGUCGCCUACGUCUACCGUGCCAAGCGCAUCAUCGACGGCAGCAACAUCCGCGUCAUCUGGGGCCGCAUCACCCGCCCUCACGGCAACGUCGGCGGUGUCCGCGCUCAGUUCAAGUCGAACCUCCCCGCCAAGGCCUUCGGCGCUUCGGUCCGAGUUAUGCUCUACCCCUCGCGCAUCUAAACGACCUUGCAGCCUCCCCCGUGUCCCCAACUCGCCUGUGGGUGGAGAUCCAAUGUUCAUAUGUCGAUUGCGCAAUCUACAAGCGUUUGCCUAGCGUUGUGUGAUUGUUGUGUGAUUGUUGGUGGCCAUAUUGUUUGCGAGUACAAUUUUUCUUGCUGCA